GCCGCGCCUGUCGCACGUGAUCCAUGAUCUUUCACCAGCCUCCCACCCAAUGCACCAAAGCCUCGGCUCAGCGUACCCAGGCCGUUGAGGUCACUUACAUUUGUCGUUUUCAUCGGUCCAUUCCUCUUUCCCGCCAUCCUCAAAUCUUAACCACCAUCCACGUUGAUACGGCAGAGCCUUACGUUACCAAUACAUCUCAGACAGGAGUCAUUCCCAUCGCAUGAGAUAAAGCACGUUGCCCACCAUGGCGCCACGCGAGGAUAUCGUCUCCUCAGCAGUCAACUUCCUCCAGGAUCCUUCCGUUGCGACUGCUUCUCUAGAGAAGAGACUCGAAUUCCUUAGAUCUAAGAAUCUGACUCAAGAAGAGAUUGAUCUGUCGCUCGCUCGAGCUGCUGGCGACACUUCCACUCCUCCUGCGCCUUCCCAGAAUUCACAAUUCUAUCCCCCUUCAUCACAACAAGUCCGAGGUCCGCCUGGUCAAUAUCAGUUCAAUCCAUAUGGCGCCUGGCAACAACCUCCUCCGCCAGAGCCCCCGAGAAGAGACUGGAGAGACUGGUUCAUCAUGGCCACCGUAGUAGGUGGCGCCAGCUACGGACUAUAUGUCCUCGCCGACCGAUAUAUCAAACCACUCAUCGCACCACCCACUCCACCACAAUUGGAGCAAGACAAGGCCGCCAUCGAUGAGCAGUUCAACAAGGCUUUUGCACUUCUAGAUACAUUAUCUUCCGAUACGGCCGCUCUGAAAGAGGCAGAAGAAGCCCGCACACAAAAAUUGGACACCGCGAUCAACGACAUCGAGUCAAUUAUCGCUGAUUUGAAAGCUGCGAACACGAGGAGGGAAGAUGACUCGCGACGGAUGGAGGCAGACAUCAAGACUAUGAAAGAGAGUCUUCCCAAAUCAAUUGACAGUGUCAGAGAUGCUAGCGAGAGGCAACUGAAAGAGCUGAGUAGUGAACUGGGCAGCCUCAAGUUACUCAUGGGAAACCGGAUGAGUGGUGGCAGUAGCUCCUUUGGAAGCAGCGGUCAAGGCAUUCCACGCACACAGCCUGGUCAGCUUCCACCCAGCAGCAGUGCAGCAGCAACUCCUGCGACUGAGUCAGCGCCGAGCAGCAAUCCUCCACGCUCUACACCUUCCUUCUCGAGCCCUGCAUCACAAUUCAGUUCAUCUACCACAGUCCCUGCUGCCACAACACAAUCCAGACCCGGUCCAGGUCCGUCGUACGGUAGUUCUUCCGGCAAGGCUGCCAUUCCAGCAUGGCAAAUGGCCGCCUCGAACAAGUCGAAGGACACCCCACCAACCCCGAACGCCUUCGGCAAUUCUACGGCGAACGGUACCCAGCAACAGGACGGCGCGGACGCUGUCGCUGCCCUUAAUGCCAGUUAGUUUUAAACAAUAUCAAGAGAUAUGGUGCUGGUCAUGAUUCUCCUCCACCAAAGCGCUGCUUGGCGAUUUCUUUGAGCAUAGCCAUUGUCCGAUCCUCUUUUUCUUUCAGUCCUGCCAGACGAGUCUCCCGUUCGGCGGCUCUCGCACGCAAGAUCUCUUCUUUUCGAAUCUCUCGUUCAUUCUUC